AUGUCUUUUGGCUUUGGAAACACUGCAAACACCCUUGGUGAUGGCGGUGCAGCUGGAGCAGGAGAAGCUUCCGUUGGACCUGAUUUGGAAACGAUACAGACUGAGGGUCUUGGAUUCCUGCCCCUUGCUGGCGAGGCAAAGGUUCGCCUUACUUCACCAUGGCUUUCUUUACCGGCCCAGACAUCAAGUCUACUUAGCAUCGCCUCCCGAAGGGCCCUUGUGGCUGCCGCCGGCCCCGAUCAAGUGACCAUUGCUACGACCGAGUCCGUUCGAAAAGCUUUCAGCUCCCCAAAGGAUGGCGAGUCAGAAGUUCGCUCCUUUGAGCCCCAACUCAAAAUCCCUAUGCCUAUGCGCAUUUCGCAUCUUGCUUUCACUGCAGAUGAAAAUCAUUUAAUUUUGUCGGCAGAGUCGGGUGGUGGCCUUGCAGUCUAUGAGGUGCAGAGCCUCCUCCAGGGGUCGUCGAAUCCUGCUUUUGAGCUAUCCACAAAUGGUGAAUCUUUGCUGUACCUGGCGCCCAAUCCUGUGGCGGGGAAAUCUGAGCUCUGCGCUGUCGUGACCAGUAAUGGAAACUUAUACAUGGCAAACUUUAAGGAACGGAGCUUGAGUAGCCCUUUGAAAACUCAAGUGAGUUGCCUCAGUUGGAGUGCCAAGGGCAAGCAGCUUUGCGCUGGUAUGGCUGAUGGGACUAUCUCUCAAAUGACUCCCGAGGGCGAAAGCAAGGGAAAUAUCCCCAAGCCUCCGAAUUCAGGAGACUGUCAUGUGUCUUCACUCAUUUGGUUGGAAAACAAUUUAUUCCUUACCAUCCAUAGCACCACACACGAGUCACCGCCCAGCUCGGUAUAUCACAUUAUCAGCCGGCAAUCACCAUCAUCAUUCACCUUCCAAAAAUUAACGGAUCCCGUCGAGCCUUUUGGGGCAGAGAAACCUCCUCACCACUCCAUUUUGCGGUUAAGGGACUUUUUAGACCUGCAAGAUCUUCUCAUCGUAUCCUCCACUGCCUCAACGGAUGUUGGUAUUUUCACAAGGUCAAAGACGCCGCUGGCUCAUGACAAGCCGGCCGACUCCAUCACCAAUGUGUUCACUACUACUGAAUUCUUGGGAGAUACGAGACAAGCAACGUUGCCUAUGACGGAGAGCAUGGAUGACUCAGUGACUAUUGGCGUAGCUUUGGAUCUUUCCAGCAAAGAUCGGGUAUACAAGCCCAUUCCAUCAGACGAUGAACUAGACCAGUCCCCGGGACCUCUACCCGGAUUCUGGGCUCUGACCCAUGAGGGCGUUCUUUGCUCAUGGUGGUUCGUAUACAACGAAGCAGUCAAAAAGGGCCAAAAUUAUUCUGGUCUAGCCAUGAUGGAUAGUACAGUCCAGUCAGCACCAACCUCAACACCCACAGCAGCAGCAACUUCUGCCUCUCCAUUUGCCGCUGCUUCCUCAACUCCCUUUGGCUCCUCUACAACACCAACCGCAGCGCCGGCUUUUGGAAGUUCCUCGCAGCUGGGACAGAAAUCUUCGCCAUGGGGGGCGUCAACUACAACACCAGCAACUUCCACAGGGGGCGCUACAUUUGGCUCCAGCACUUUUGGCAGCUCGCCAUCUGGCACAGGCUCAGCAUUUGGCAAAACCAGCUCCUUGGGCUUUGGCCAAUCCUCGCAGUUGGGUAUGAGAACGUCCCCGUGGGCAUCGGGCGCUGGUUCGAAGCCUGCGUUUGGGCAGUCAGGUUUCUCUAGCUUUGCUAGUGGAGGCAACAAUCAAAGCCCAUUUGGUUCUGCCACUGCCACUUCCAACACAAGUAAUGCAGCAGCACCUGCAGCACCUGCAGCACCAUCAACAGGAAGCGGCUUUUCCGCAUUUUCUUCUCAGGGCGGAUUUUCAGCAUUAGGUGGCAACAAUAGUAGUUCAGGCGGAUUCGGAAAGGGCAGUACGUUUGGCGCGAGCACUUUUGGCACCCCCGCGAAAUCCAAUACCUCAGCAGACACUGCUUUCGCUGCUAAACAAGACAAGCCACUUGCAAACCCAUUCGCGUCAUCAACACCGUUUAAGCUAGAAUCGUCCUUCAAGCCGGACCCAUUCCAAAAGGAUUCGAACGAGAAGGCUUCCGCUACUUUCGGCGGCUCGAUGUUUGGAAGCGCAUUCGGAUCGGCUUUGGGGGAUGUCGCCGCCAGCAAACCCAGUGAAGCCACAUCUUUGGCCAAGGAUGAGGACAUGGAUACAACUGAAACCACUGAAGAGACUCCUCAGAGCAAGUCACCAUCAAUUUUCCCACCCCAGCAACCCCAAGAAUCCACUACUCCAACAACAACUCCUGGACCCUCAAGGUUUAGCUUCGCAACAUCAUCAACUCCCGGAACCUCACUUUUUGGACCAGCGACCAAAACAGAAACACCUUCUGGUGGCUUAUUUGGCACUCCCAAAGAGACUCCGAAACCUGGCGGAUUUUCUCUGUUUGGAUCAUCCAAAGCUACCGAUUCAACUGCCGGGGAACCGAAGGUCAAAGUUGAAGCGCAAGAAACUCCCUUGCCACCUGACACAACGAGCAAAGCUGCUUAUCCUGUGGGUGGUUCUUCAUCUUCCUCGGCAGCAUCUAAUGGUAGCCAAUUGUUUGGAUCAACUACUACGCCUCUGAAGCCUGAUUCUACGCUUUCAUCAUCCGAUUCUGCAACCCCAAAACCCUCCUUGACCCAAACCGAUGCUUCUCUGCCGUCCGUCAGUCCAAAAACGGUCAAACAAGCGCAACCUAGCUCUAAACCUGACGUCGUCAAGGUUGCCGAACUGGUCGAAAACCCUCUUGUUGUCGAGGAUGCUCCGCUGCCACCCGACUUCACCAAGAAGCCCUCUAUUCAGACUUCGCUACCUGCUGAUUCCACCAAGGCCCCGACCACAGCCAAGGGCAAUGAUGCGCCAGCGGCGGCAGGCUUUGUUUUGCCAAGGGUCCCUUCAAAUGAGCCGUCGAGUAUACCCUCCCUCCCAGAAACAACGGAAGACGAUGAAAGUGACCUGGGUGAGGAUGAAGUCUCAGAAGGAAGCGGAGUGGAUGUCGCAAAGGACCUAAGUCCAGUAACGAGUGGCCUGAACGUCACGCCUGGUUUCACUCCUCAAAGUUCGUUCGGCGGCAUUGCAGGGGCGACCCCGGCCUCUGUCCGACCCGAAGAUAGGGCUCGUCCACUGUUUGGAGAAAUCAGCCGCGGAGCACCCACCCUCUUUCCCAAGCCAAGUCAGGCUAGCCCCCGUUCGCCUAGUCCUGUGCGGGGUGCUGUCCCCCAGAGAGUGAUUAGAUCCGAUGCUACACGGUCGGUUAGUGCUCCAGGUAUGGCAUCGCAGAUUCUUGGACCGAAGCAGUCUCAGAUGCACCCCAGCAGCUCCAUCAUCAGCAGCAGGGAGAAACAGCCGCGAGGCGAGGACCCGUUUAUGCUUCAGCAUAGACGCAUGAGGGAGCGACAAGAGGCGGAAGAGACUCAGCCUCUGGUUGACGAGGAGGAUGAAGAAAUGCAGAAGGUGCUUUCUUCCGAAGUUGAAGGCACCUUGCAACUUGAUGAAUUUAUUGCGCAUUCAAAUGUUGCCCCACCUGCGAAAGAAAGCGUUCCUUCUCAAGUGGAAGCUGUGUAUCGUGAUAUUAACUCUAUGAUUGAUACACUGGGACUCAACGCGCGGGCGGUCAAGGCAUUCACAAAAGGUCACACUGAGAACGCCGCGGAAGGUGGCCGAAGCAAACAAGAUCUUGAGAUUCCGGAUGAUUGGGUUCUAUGCGAGAUUAAUGAAUUGGGCGAAGUCCUCGAUAACGAGCUGCACGCAGAUCUCGAGAACGGCCGCGUGCAGAACUUGGAUGACAAGUUGGACGCCUGUCAAGACCUGUCACGAGAUAUGCAACGACUACGAGCUAAACAAGAAGACCUUAAAAGAGUCAUCAUGACUCGGAUGGACCCAGAACAGGCUGAACAAGCCCGAACGCUACCCCUCAGUGCUGAACAAGCUGCUCAACAAAAUGAGUUACGCAGGGGAUUUACCAACUUUACAAAGGUUCUGACAGAGGCAGAGGAGGCAUUGACUCUUCUCAAGACCAGAAUCGCAGCUACAUCAAGCUCAUCAGGCAGGGGAAGUGCCAAUGUACCCACAGUCGAAGCGAUCAUGCGCACCAUUUCGAAGAUGACCUCAAUGGCUGAAAAGCGAAGCGGAGACAUUGACGUGUUGGAGACGCAGUUGCGUAAGAUGAAACUCGGGUCAGCAAGCCGUGAGGCAUCUCCAAUAAUGACACCACAAGCGAGAAAGAGCAUCAUGAUGUCUCCAGACGUGACUCCGUCCCGUAACUUCCGCCAAAGCCUGACGAUGUCAUCUGGUGUAAUGUCCCUGGACGCGGCAAUGAAGGGCACGCCACCAAGGAAGAAGCUUAUCAUGGCACCAGAAAAGAUGGCCAACUGGCGAAGCACGCCUAGCGCAGAAGUGCAAGAGCAACGCAAUACUGUGGGUAUUAACCUCGAGACUGUCACUGAUGUAACGUCUGUCGACUACCCGGGCCACUUCCCCGGCGAGGAUCACGCCUAUUCUCUCGAUCGCUUUCGAGCCGGCUUCUCCGUCAACUUCCACCAGAACGACGCCAACUCUUCCUCCUUCUCCUUGAUGGGCCUCGAUGCCUCGCUGGCCAAUGCCUUUCGCCGCAUUCUCAUCGCCGAGAUCCCCACUCUAGCCAUUGAAAACGUGUACAUCGAGAACAACACGUCGGUGAUCCAGGACGAGGUGCUCGCCCACCGGCUGGGCCUGAUCCCCUUCAACGGCGGCCGCGAUGGCCUCAAGAACUUUCUGAAGUGGCACAAGAAGCCGGAGGCGGGGGAGGACCCCUACGCCGGCUGUUUCGACUGGAACACCGUGCGCCUGGAACUCAACGUCACCUGUACCGUGAACCCGGACGCCGCGCCAGACGAGCGCGACCCCCUCAAGGCCUUCAAUAACGCGCACGUCUACGCCAAGGAUAUUGUGUUUGUCCCCACGGGCAGGCAGGUCGAGUUCUUCAGCGGCGAGGACGCCAUCGCCCCCGUCAACCCGGACAUUCUCAUCGCCAAGCUGCGGCCCCGACAGACGAUCAACUUGUCGAUGCACAUGCACAAGGGUAUCGGCGCUGACCAUGCCAAGUUCUCGCCUGUUGCCACCGCUUCAUACCGCCUCAUGCCGACGAUUAAGAUCUUGAAGCCUAUUCUUGGUGCCGACGCCGAGAAGUUUGCCAGGUGCUUCCCGCAGGGCGUCAUUGGCCUGGAAAAGGUUACGCCCGCAGAAGCUAAGAAGGCUGGGAGUGGAUACGAGGGCCACGCUGGUGAGAAGAAGGCUGUGGUUAAGGACCCUAUGAAGGACACCGUGAGCAGAGAGUGUCUUCGACAUGCUGAGUUUGAGGGCAAGGUGAAGCUCGGAAGGAGGAGGGACCACUUCAUCUUCUCGAUUGAGAGCACGGGUCAGUGGGAUAGUGAUGAGCUGUUCAUGGAGGCGGUAAAGCACAUGAAAUUGAAGUGUAAGAAGCUGGAGCAGCAGGUUGUCAAUAUGGCGAGGUAA